GUAGUGGUCCUCGACCCUCGCAGAGCACGCCCUAUGCACGCCCGAGUAGCAGCAAGCGCUCAGCAGCAGCAACAACAACAGCAUCAUCCUCCAGCGAAGACGGCGAGGCCGGUUAUAUUUUUGGUGCAACCCGGAUGCAUGAAUGCUUAUACACCGACGAUGGGAAUGAGUAAGUUUCUCCAACAGCACAUACAGCCUUCUUGCUUCUGCUGAUGAACAACAACAUAUGCGAACUUUUCAUAUAGCUGUGGAGUCGAGAUACAGUGCAAGAUGGACCGCGGGUUCUUCCUCGCUGAUGGCAAAUGGACAUGCUACCGGCGCAACUAUUUUCAACUGACAGGCACAUUCAUCGUGUCGCAUGGUGGCCCCUUUUACGUAAACAAGCAUCGCAUCCGUCAUUUUUACUUUCAAUUAAGCGCACGGCAGCUCGAGGCUGACUUGCAAGUCAAGCUCAUCCAAUUGACUCCCAAGCGCGACAAGGGGCCGCAAAACGACCCACCGCUCUUGGCUAUUCAGCCGAUCAUCGUAUCGCCGCCCUUCGGCACUCCGCCCAUCGUUUCAGGAGAGUCGGCCAUGGCCACCGCCGCCACGUUCGAGCGCAUCCAAUUCAAGUCUGCUACUGCCAACAACGGCAAGAAGCGAGCGUCCCAACAGUUUUUCGUCCUGGUCUUGGAGUUGUUGGCAGAGAUGGAUAACGGCGACCGCAUGACUGUGGCCAGCGCACAGUCCGUACCGCUUGUCGUGCGAGGCCGUAGUCCUGGUCACUAUGCUGACAGUGGCCGUCGAAAAAGGGUCAUGUCGCCGUCCUCAUCGAGUAUCACUGCUACUACAGCAACACAUACCGUCACCACACCGCCAACGCCGUUAUUACCACAGCAACCACCGGCUCCAUUACAAGAAUGGCAAUCGUUAGCUAGCAGCGCUGGCUAUUACACACCCCUUCCAUCACACCAUCACCAUCACCAUCCACAACAACAACAGCAGCAGCAGCAGGCCGUGCCCGUUGCACCUCAUGCAAUGCCGCCACAAUUGGAUUUUUCCUAUUUUGCCCCACACGGUCGGUCGCAAAGUGCGAACGUGCCGCUCAUUAUGAAUUAUCAGCAUACACGCUUGGAUUUUUCGCCAUCCUCGCCGUCAUCGGGUCAGACCACCUCCCCCGACGAAAGCAACAACGCCAUGUACGAUGCCAAAUACUUUCGCUGUUAUCCUUCCUAUUCCGCUGCACUUUCCGGUAUGUGACACCAACAAGAAAUACAACAACAACAACAACGAGCCAUAAUAUUUGUGUCUGGCUGCAUUGCUUAUGCGUGUUUUUUUUACUUGUAUGGAC